AUCGCAUCCGAGCUGCCUUUAGACUAGCAAGCUUUUGGAAUAAAAUAAAUCAUAAAAAAAAAAACUGUGCCGAUACCUUAGUUUACAAUAAGGACUCUGCUGAUUCACCCUUCUUCACCGUCUCCUCUGGCGCUUGAGGUGCAGAAGAAGCAAGGCCAGGAUAUUCAAGGCGCGUCACCCUGAUAUGAUGUGACAGUCCCUGGUUCCCGACUCCCCCGCCCACUUUUGCCCGCUGAGCCCAACAUCAAACGGAAAAUUUCCAAAAGGCUAGCCGACUGGGCACCGUGUCACCAAAACCUCACGCCUCCAUAAUGGAGGGCGCGUUUACGCACCUCGGCAACCACCUGAUUUCGGACUCUGCCGCCGCAAUCAAGGCUGGUGAUACCGACGACCUUUCAAACAUCGAUGCCGACGAGAAUCUCCUGUAUGGAAAAUAUGGCGGGCGCGGCGGUCUAGGUGGCGCCCGCCGCCGCGGCGCGGACGAUGAUGAGACCGAGGCCUUGGACGACGACGACGAUGAGAGCUUGGCCAGCGUUCCCGUAGAUGGGAUGCGCGGCCUCAGUCUAAAGGCUGCCGAAGAGGAGAAAGAGCUGCCGGAGCACGCCUGCGCUUACUGCGGUAUACAUUCUCCUGCUUGUGUAGUCAAGUGUCUUGGCUGCAAGAAGUGGUUCUGCAACUCUCGUGGCAACACCUCGUCGUCCCACAUAAUCAACCAUCUUGUUCGUGCGCGUCACAAGGAGGUCCAGCUCCAUCCCGAAUCCACCCUUGGCGAUACAAUUUUGGAGUGCUACAACUGCGGAGUCCGGAACGUCUUCCUUCUCGGGUUCAUUCCCGCCAAGUCCGAUACUGUAGUGGUGCUUCUGUGCCGCCAGCCAUGCGCCGCGAAUCCGUCUUCGAAGGACAUGAGCUGGGACAUCUCGCGAUGGUCGCCACUGCUGGAUGAGCGGAACUUCCUUUCCUGGCUUGUUGCUGUUCCUACCGAUGCCGAACAGCUCCGCGCACGGCACCUGACACCGCCCAUGAUUGCCAAGCUCGAGGAGCUAUGGAAGGAGGAUGCGAACGCAACCGUGGACGAUCUCGAGAAGAACGAGCAGAUUGACGACGAGCCUCACCCCGUGCUGCUUAAAUACGACGACCCAUACCACUAUCAGAACAUUUUUGGCCCGCUUGUCAAGAUGGAGUCGGACUAUGAUAAGAAGCUGAAGGAAGCACAGUCAGAGGAUGGUCUGGUUGUUCGCUGGGACUAUGGUUUAAACAACAAGCACCUUGCUAGCUUCAUCCUGCCCAAAAUCGAGUCUGGGGACGUUAAGCUGGCCGUUGGCGACGAGAUGCGACUCAAGUAUAAGGGAGAGCUCCGCCCACAGUGGGAAGGCGUUGGUUAUGUCGUCAAGAUUCCUAACAAUCAAUCUGACGAGGUGACGCUGGAGCUAAGGAAGUCAGGAAACGACAAGUCUGUGCCAACCGAGUGCACCCAUAACUUUUCGGCUGACUAUGUUUGGAAAGCCACCUCAUACGAUCGGAUGCAGCUCGCUAUGCGGAACUUUGCGGUCGACGAGAUGAGCGUCAGUGGCUACAUCUUUCACAAGCUUCUCGGUCACGAAGUUGCUGUGGCUCCCAUGCGGACUACGAUGCCCAAAAAGUUCACGGCACCUGGUCUUCCCGACCUCAACGGCAGCCAGAUCAGUGCAAUCAAGGCUGUCUUGUCCACGCCGCUGAGUUUGAUCCAGGGACCCCCCGGAACCGGAAAGACUGUGACCUCGGCCACCAUCAUUUACCAUCUUGCCAAGAUGAAUGGCAGCCAAGUUCUCGUCUGCGCUCCCUCCAACGUUGCCGUUGACCAGCUGUGCGAGCGAGUCCACCGUACCGGCCUCAAGGUUGUGCGCCUGACGGCCAAAUCUCGUGAGGAUGUCGAGUCUUCUGUCAGCUUCCUUGCCCUGCACGAGCAGGUUCGCAUGAACGAUACCAACCCGGAACUUGCCAAGCUCCAGCAGCUGAAGAGUGAACUCGGCGAGCUUUCGAGCCAAGACGAAAAGAAGUUCAAGCAGUUGACCAAGGCCGCCGAGCGAGAGAUCUUGAGCAACGCAGAUGUUGUUUGCUGUACUUGUGUCGGCGCGGGUGAUCCUCGUCUUGCCAAGCUCAAGUUCCGCAACGUGCUUAUUGACGAGUCAACACAGUCUGCUGAGCCAGAGUGCAUGAUCCCUCUGGUUCUCGGAUGCAAGCAAGUCGUCCUGGUGGGUGAUCACAAGCAGCUUGGCCCGGUUAUUAUGAAUAAGAAGGCCGCAAAAGCUGGUCUGAACCAGUCUCUGUUUGAGCGCCUGGUGAAACUCGGAUUGACCCCCAUCAGGUUGAACGUUCAGUACCGCAUGCAUCCUUGCCUGUCCGAGUUUCCAUCCAACAUGUUCUACGAGGGAUCUUUGCAAAACGGUGUUACGAUCCAGCAGCGCCUUCGACGUGAUGUCGACUUUCCCUGGCCAGUUGCAGACAUGCCCAUGAUGUUCUGGUCCAACUUGGGUAACGAGGAAAUUUCAGCAUCAGGCACGUCCUACCUGAACCGAACAGAGGCGUCCAACGUCGAGAAGAUCGUCACACGCUUCUUCAAGGCUGGAGUUAAGCCCGGUGACAUUGGUGUCAUCACACCGUAUGAGGGCCAGAGGAGCUACAUCGUAAGCACAAUGCAGAACACGGGAACUUUCAAGAAGGAGAGCUACAAAGAAGUCGAAGUUGCCUCGGUCGAUGCCUUCCAGGGUCGUGAAAAAGAUUUCAUUGUCCUAUCGUGUGUGCGAUCCAACGAGAACCAGGGCAUUGGUUUCUUGUCUGACCCGCGCCGUCUCAAUGUGGCUCUCACUCGUGCAAAGUAUGGUGUCGUCAUUAUUGGCAACCCGAAGGUCCUUUCAAAGCACGAGCUGUGGCAUCAUUUGCUGGUUCAUUUCCGGGAUCGCAAGUGUUUGGUCGAUGGGCCUCUUACAAACUUGCAGGCUUCGCUAUUGCAAUUUAGCAAGCCCAAGACCCCCUUCCGACCUGCACGCUUCUCCCAGCAGCACUCGCAGUAUGCGCCAAGCCAAGCCGGUUACGCCAACGGCCGCUUCCCCGGCUCCAAUCUCAACGGAGGAUCUGGUAGGGACUUCGACACAGGUUCCAUGAUGUCCUACAUCCCCGACGACGUCUCAUCCCUGCACAGCUCGAGCCUAGGUGGCGCUGGCCUGGCGUCUGCAUACCCAGCCAUGUUCUCCAACUUUAACCCUGAGCAGUGGCCUGGUCUUCCCGGCGUACCUGGACAUGGCCGUUCCGGCAACAGGAACCGUGGCCGGGGUGCUGAGAGCAUUGCUGGAGAGAGCGUGGCAAAUUCCGAAUACACAGACGCAAGUUCCAGCGUCAUUGGUGGCAAGGGUAUCGGACAGGGUGGCGUCAGUCUCGGUGCGGGAAUUGGAGCUGGCAUCGGUGCCGGACUUCAUGAUGCCGUCGGCGCGGGUCGUCCGACCUCUUAUAGCCACAGCGACCGCCUUAGGCAGUACGUCGAGAGCGGCGGUCGCAUGACUGGUCCGAACAACGGCUACCGUCGCUAUGACGACGAUCAGCAAAGCAUUAGCACAGCUUUUGCCAGUCAAGCUGGCGGCACUGGCUACGACUGAGACGGAGAAAAGGUGAUUUUGACGAUGCAAGAGUGCAGUCUCUUCCAAUAGAGCUUACCAUGCUCCCCGAGCCUCGGGCCCAGGGACUUACUUCCCCACUGCCUCCUCUCCAGAGCGGGUGGCUGUAGCAGGAAAUUUUGGCGGCUGGCCAACCUAGCUAGCUAGCUCACCACCCGAGCAGACCAGAGGUCAAUAGGAUCAAGGAUUUAGUUCUGAUCCUGCCGCUUCGGUAUGCUUAGGGUCCUCUUGACCAUAGAAUUACCAUUCCGAGCACGCCUGCCAUCAGGUGGGUUGUUGACAGCGGAGCCUCGCCAUAGCUCAAGGCUCCAUCAAGUACACGGUGCUUACGGUGGAGGAACAGUGACGAGCGUUCGGCUUUGAGUUGAUGCUGGCCGAUAAGGCAUGAUUAGACUGUUGUUGCUGGAUCCAAGAUCUCGGUCACGCUUGGAGUUGGUGAAGGCCGGCUCCGAUCCAAGUUGGCACGGUUGCAAGAUGAAUUGCAAUUGGUUCUUUUUUUGACGCGAAGGGCAAGUUCUACCCUGCCUCACUGACUGACUGCAGUCAUUCUUUCGAUGAAGGUUGAUGAUAGUCGUCUCCCGACUGUGCGACUUGUUGCAAUGAGUCGAGUCGUUCUUUUUUGCAGUUGUUCUUUUUUUCACGCAAGCUAGCUACCUUAUUUUUAAAUUCUCCCGAGGACCGACCUCGUACAAUUGUGCUUCACUAAUGGUGAGCACUGUUUGGGCCCAGCUCUCCUAUAUCAGUUGUACACCCAUCUGAUGGUUGGACCUUAUCAAGGGUUGAUUGUCCGUCGUGGCGGUUGAUGACUGAGGAGAUUGGCAAGAAAAGGUUUUGUUUUUCUUGCUGGGUAUAUAGAUAUCUGGCGUCCGCUCUUUAGGGUAUCGAUAAUACAAACGUUCCCGAA